AUGAAUAUUAGACAGCCUUUCGCUGCCCUCCGCAGCCUUAUUCGAUCGCUUUAUAGAACAGGAGACGAAUCGGAUGAGGAUCCGGGCGAGAUUGAACUUGCAAGCUUCAAUAGCGAAACAACUGUCGUAGAACCCGAAGUUGCUGCAACCGCGAAUAAUGCUCAAAAUAAUGCCAACGACGCCAUUGAACUGGCAGAAGCUGUGGCCGAUGCUCUUGUCGUAAAUGGCCCACCUCAGCUUUCUUUCAACAUUCCCAAUGUCCCAGCGAUCCCCCAACCACCUCCCGCAAGGCUUCAUGGACCGCCUCCCCGCGUUCCGACCCCGCCGGGACCUCAUUUACUUACACCCCAAGACAUUGAGAAGUUUGACAAGAAACUCUGUCGCAAAGUCGAUUGGAGGCUUUUACCGUUUCUGUUCUUCAUAGUGUUUUCUGUCGAACUAGACCGAUGGCUCUAUACGAUCAAUCAACAAUACUUUGUGAAUGAUAUAGGGAUGUCCGAAGAUCAGCAUAAAGCUGCCUUCAUAUCGAGGGAUUUCGGUUAUAUAAUCGGCCAAAUUCCCCUCAUUAUGGUUUUCAGUACCUUCGAAAAACCAUCGAUGUUCCUAUGCAUUCUGUGGUUUUCCUGGGGUCUGGUGAAAACGGGCCUUGGUAACACGUCCACCUACGUUGGUAUUCAAAUCUGUUCUGGGUUACUAGGAGUUUUAGAAUCAGCUUUCUUCUAUAGGCGCAGGGAAUUGGGUGCCAGGAUUUCCAUGCUGGUUUCCAUAUGUCCGUUGGUUCGUGCUCUGUUCGCCUUGGGCCUAAGUCCCUGCAGCCUCGACUUCCAGCAGCCAACCAAUAGUACCAUCACGUAUCAAUACUAUCUAAAAAUAUCACCGGUCCUUGUCUUAGGUGCGGCAGUUUUUUGUUAUCCCAGGGUGCCUAAUCUUCCUCGGUCAACCGAGUGCCUUGAGGCCGCUGAGCGACUACGUGCCGUAUCGCGACUAGCGGAAGAUUGGGGAUGGCCUAUGCGAGCGAAUUUCGAAAAGCCAACAUAUAACUGGAGCAGCCCCUUGGAGGGUUCGUUUCUGGCUUUCCGAGACAUGAAGGUCUGGUUUUUGAUUCCGACGUGCUUUUUUAUCGGAUUCCCGAUUCUAUCCUUAAGCGAUACCCGCCUAUUGUGUCUAGCCAUUCGGUCAUUUACGGAGGGGCCCGCACCAAAAUGGUCUGUAUGGAUAAUUUUGAACGUCUGCUGCGGUAUGGUUACUUAUGGCGGUUUCGCCGCGGACUCAUACAGAAGGAAGUACUUUUGGAUCACACUAUCUCAACUAAUCGCCUCGGUCGCUUCCGUCAUCACCUUGUCUAUGAUCUUAAUGCCACGAAUCGGAACUAUGGAUUAUCCUCAGCCAAUUUGGUUUGCUAUAUUUCCAAACCUUCUAUGCGCUUACUUCAGCCUACCACUCGUCUUAUCUUGGGCGAUUAGCUGCCUGCCAUGGUACCAGCAGAAAAGAGCAGUGUCCAUCGGAAUCAUCACCACUGUCAUGUCUUUCGGGACCUUUUAUGCCGACGACGGCCCACCGAUGAGCCUUGAAUAUGGAGAAGGGGGCCUCAAUUCAAUACCGAUCGGUAUAUUAAUCCUUUGUGGUUUAGGGUCAGUUAUCUUCGGAUUUUACCUCAAACAGCUACUCCACCAAGCCAACUGGUGGAUGCACUAUAAAGAGAUCCCUGGAACACCACACAAUAAUGGAAGUCGAACAUUAGAGUAUCAGUUCCAUGACCUACGACAUUCAUUUCGGUUCCAGACAUAA